AUGCGCUCUAGCAAUUUGCUCAAACGGGCGCACAGCCACAACAAGCAGACACUCUCUAAUCUGCUUCACUCGAGAGGCACCUCGCCACAUCCCCAGCCCGACACGAUCUCCGGCCACAAGCUGAUUGAGGAAGAGACUAACCCAAAUUAUAAACCGGAGCACUGGUACCCCGCGAGAAUUGGCGAGGUCCUAAACCAUCGCUAUGAGCUUCUUGUCAAACUCGGUUACGGCAUGACGGCGACUGUCUGGCUCGCCAAGGAUCUCCACGCUGACGGUCAGUCCGGAAACCGGAAAUAUGUCACGAUCAAAAUCAACGUCAACACGCUCGGCGAGGACUUUCAGAAAGGCAGACGCGCAAUUGCAGAGAAGCUUUUCUCAGCAAAUCCUCAGCAUCCGGGAUACGCGCACGUCCGAUUCAUGCUCGAUACAUUCCGAGUGAACGGUAAAUAUGGCGAUCAUCUGUGCAUCGUCUACGACGUCCUCCGUGAACCUAUUGACUUGUGCAUGAAGAAGUUCCCUGGGAGUCGCUUCAGCUGUGGCAAACUUCGAGUCCUGCUGCCUGCUCUUCUAAAAGGACUUGACUACAUGCACUCCGAAUGCCACGUGGUACAUACCGAUCUGAAGCCUGACAAUAUCAUGAUGGGAUUAGGCGACCCUAAUAUCCUCGACCACUUCGUACAACACGAACAUGACCACCCAUCCCCGCGAAAAGCACCAGACAGCCACGGACGUAUCAUCUAUACAUCAUGCAGUGACUUUGGCGAGUCACCGACCGAGGCUGUCAUUGCCUCGGCCAAGAUUACAGACAUCGGUCUGGCGGCUUGGGGAGACGAGAAGAACACUAAACCCAUUCAGUCGAAUGUCUUUAUGGCACCUGAGGUCAUCCUCCAGGCAGGCUGGUCCUAUCCAGCAGAUAUAUGGAAUCUAGGCGUGAUGUUGUGGGACUUGGUCGAAAACAUUGGAUUGUUUGACUCAAUAAGCACAGAGCCUGAUCACUAUCGGCCAGAGCAGCACUUGGGCUUGAUGAUAGCCUUGCUGGGUCCUCCCCCGAAGGAGUUUCUGGCCCGGUGUGCGAAGGCAAAGUGGUACUUUGACGGCGACGGUCAAUUCAAAUACCCCAAAUAUGUGGCAGAGGAUUGCAAAUUUGAACAUUCCAUCCACCGGAUGAAUGCGGAAGAAAAGGAGCUGUUCAUCGAUAUGGCGAAGAAGAUGUUGACCUGGGUCCCCGAAGAGCGCUGGACUGCGAAACAAUUGCUUGAGCACCCGUUUCUGACCAAAGAACGAGAAUGUUAUUGGGACACACCAAGCCUCAGUAGGGCUUCGACAACAUCGGUGGGAUCCUUGACACCUUCACGUUCAGGAACACCCGGACUGCCACCAACGUCGGUACCAAAUGGUUCAGUCCAUCAUUCAAGCCUCCCAGUGAGACUUCUCGAACUGGUACCUUCGCUCGCGUCGUCAGACACCACAGAGCCGCGACUGCAGAGACAGUCGACAAACGGGUCCUUGAAAGCGUCGGAGAACGAUGAGAAGUCGACCUCUAGCUCGACUCUACCAUUGAAGCCCAAAAUGGAGACUCUGGCGGAGUCCAAGGGCGAAAGCAAUGACGAGGCGCCGAACAAGAAGCGUGUCUCAAUCAACAAGUCGAAUGAAUCGUCCCAAGCCAUGAUCGACGCCAUUCUCAACCGGGGCAAGAAUCACACUCCCAAACCCGAAGCGAAGUAA